UGCUGCCACUGGAGGGGGGGGCUGGAGCUAGAGGCCCAGGAGUCCUUGGCACUCCCUUAGCUACUGCUGGUCUCCCCCUUCCUCUCGGAGGGCUGCCCCCCCCCGAAGUGCCACAGUGUUAUCUGGUGGCCCACAACUGCACAGGCUGCUGCUGUGGCUGUAGCUGCCACCACGGAGCCUCCAGGAGGCAGCAACACACCGCCGGGAAUGAAAGCCAGCCCUGCUGCUGCUGCUGCUGCCGCCACCGCCCUGGACUGCCUGCGUGUCCCUCCCCGGGGCUGCUCACCCUCCUCCUGGCUGUAUCCUCUCCCCUGCUGCCGAGAGGCCCACAGGUAGGUCCCCCUCUUCCCCCUUCCUGAGUGGAUGUGGGCCCAUGACCCACUCCUGCUGGGCAGGCUGUUUCCAGCCUCCCAAGGGAGACCUGUCUUGCCUGGUGAGGAAAGAGGCCCCCCCUCAAGUGAGGGCCACUGGGGCAAAAAAGCUCCCACCACCACUGGCCCCCGGGGCUUCACAGGGAAGGAGACUGGGGGAGUCUGUGGGGCAGCCACAUUCAGAGGACUCUGUACAAUUAUGGUCCCCAUCGCUCAAAAAGGAUAUUGUCGAACGGCACCCAAGAUGACCAGGCAUCUAGACCUUCCUUACAAUGUAAGGCUACAACAUUUGAGGCUUUUUAGUUAAGGAAAAAGGUGACUAAGGGGAGACAUGAUGGAGGUCUAUAUAAUUAAGCCCUCUCUUUCUCACCACUAGAACACAGGUCCCAGGGUAGGAACCUAGGAAGCUGCCAGAUACUGAGUCAGACCCUUGGUCCAUCUAGCUCAGGAUUGUCUUCACAGACUGGCAGCGGAUUCUCCCAGGUUGCAGGCAGGAAUCUCUCUCUCAGCCCUGUCUUGGAGAUGCUGCUGCCAGGGAGGGGACUUGGACCCUUCAAAUGCUCUUCCCAGAGCGGCUCCAUCCCCUGAGGGGAGGAUCUUGCAGUGCUCACACAUCAAGUCUCCCAUUCAUAUGCAACCCAAGGUGGACCCUACUUAGCUAAGGGGACCAGUCACGCUUGCUGCCACCAGACCAGCUCUCAGCUUGUCUCUCCACCUUUGUUCAUCUGGGGGGUGCAGAGGCACUCCUAUCGGCCUGAGAAUCUUAAAGGCAGUCUCUGCUGCUUAUCAAAACCAGCGACAAAGUCAGGCCUGAUAAGUGAGCUGAGCAUGAUCCGAAGAGGCCUCCUCCCCUCUGCCUGGUGAAGAAUCUGCACUUUUUAAGCAGCGCAAGCUUCAUGUGAACAGCUGCCCCAGAGCAACCCGGCAAGGAGGCUUCACCUGGCCCUCGAGCCCUGUGGCUGCACCUCCUUCACUGGGUAGGUACUGCUGCUUUCCUGCACUCAUGGGAGGGACCCCCCCCCCAGCGUGGGCUGCUUUGGGUAGAGGGGUGAGGCAGGAAACCAUCACAACCCUCCUCUUCAUCGACACCCAGAAGUGGGGGUGGGGGGAGUUUGGCUUAUAUAUACAGGGGAGGCCGCCGUAUACGGAGUCAGACCCUUGGUCCAUCUAGCUCAGUCUUGUCUACACUGACUGGCAGCAGCUCUCCAGUGGGGUUGCAGGCAGGCGUCUCUCGAAGCCCUACCUGGAGAUGCCGCUGCCGCCGCCAGAGAUUGAAGCGGGGACCAUCUGCAGGCCAGGCGCCGGUGCUCUGCCUUAGCACUGAGCUGCAGAGCUUUGGAAGAAGAAGCAUGUGCUGCAAAUGGCAUCUUCCAAUGGGAAUUGCUAAUCAACUAUAAGCCAAGCAGGAUGUAGCUCCCUCCUGCUUGGAUGCAGAGAAAGAUGGGUUGGUUCAGACGGGGGACUGUGGUGGACUCGGGUCAUGGGGGCCAGUCCAUGGGGCCCCUGUGCUGUCACUGAUGAGAGGCAGCAGCACCAUCUGCCCCAGUGCCCAUCACCACCACACUGUGCGUGGCCGUGGUGUUUCCCCCCAAGUGUCCUGCUGGACCUGCUAGCUGGACAUGGCCGUGGGCCCGAGGCUGUGGUGCUUCCUGGCCCGUUGGCCUUUGUCUUCUCACCUCCGUGAUGGCCCUGGAUGAAUCCUCCGCGGUUGCUUCUCGGUGAUGCGCUGCCCUGCGCUCUCCCUGCUCUGCUGCUGCUGAGCAGUCCCCAGGUGCUCAGGCAGGGGACUCGCGUGGCAGAGUUUCCCCCUCUUUUGUGGGGUGGCGGCAGUGUUCUGAGCCCCAUCUCGAAAACUGAGUUCCAAGUCUGCUUUCUUCAUGGGGGUGGGGAGGAGGUCCCGACACGGUCCCUGAAUCUGCCCAGGUCUCAGCCAGAGGAGAUCUGAGACUCUCUGCACCCCGGGGGGGGGGGGGUCAGUGGGAAGCAGCCACACAGCAGGGGGCUGGGGGGCAUCUGAACUCUGGGGCUCCAGGGCCUUGGCGUGCCAUGCACUGAACCACCCUGGCCCCACAUCAUGGUGGAGGAUGGGCCGUGGGAUUCAUCUUCCCCCCCCCACCAGGAAGUGCUUCUGACCUCCGUGGAGGGUGGCACCCAGGGGUGGGAGAGGAGCUGGCCAAGCAGGGGGAGGGGGCCCUCCGCCCCACCUUGUGGCUCUCUUUAUUUCAGGUGUGUGGGCCAUGGAGCAGAGCCGUGGGGCAGCCUGGCUGCUGCUGCUGCUGCUGCUGCUGCUGCUGCAGACACUCCUCCUGCCUUCCUCCCUGGCGGCGGAAAGGCAGCAAGCAGGGUCUCCUGGCACAGCGCGAUGCCGGAACAGUUACGGUUCCCAGAAGCGCCGAGUGGACUGUGUGUGGCACCCUAACCAGGCCCUGGGAGACGGACCCUUCUACCUCAAUUUCUCCGACCUCCUCUCCACUGAAAGCAGCAGCCUCCUCUGCAAGCUCUCGGCCUCCUCGGAGAUGCCCCCUGUGUCCAGCUGCUCCGUGACUGGGGAGGGGGAGUUCAUGGAGAAUGACCAAUACCACGUCUCCCUGCAUGAUGCCUCCUUGGGGACAGAACCCCUGUACACCAUCUUCUCCGACUAUGAGCCCAUGAAGCAUAUUCAGAGCGACCCUCCCUUUGCCCUGGAGAGCAGCAUGAGUGCCAGCAAGUGCCGGAUUCAGUGGAAGAGGCCUGAGGCCUACGAUGUUCUCCUGGAGACCGUCCUGCAAUGGGAGCUGGCAUUCAAGGCCGCCGAUGCGCCCUGGGAGCAAGCCCAGAGCAAGAUCUUGGACCACUCAGAGACGUGGGUGGAGCUAGAAGGGGCCGAGUUCAAGUCCAGAGUGAGCUACGUGGCCAGAAUUCGCUGCAAGAUAUCCGAUUCGGAGCGUCACUACAGAAGCGAGUGGAGCCCGUGGAGCCCAACCACCACCUGGACGGCUCCCCCGCCCGGGGAUCUGUGGCCGCUGCUGGGGGCUGUGCUGACCUCGCUGCCUCUCUGCCUGGGGGGAGCCCUUUUGCUUCUGCUCCUGGGACUCCGGUACUGCGCAAGGACCCAGGGCUGCUGCUGCUGCGGGAAGACCCCCACUCCUGCCACAUUCUUCCAGCCCCUUUAUGCUGCACACCGUGGGGACUUCAAGCACUGGAUUGGUCUCGAGGGGGCCCCUGGACUGCAAAGGGGCAGCAACGCCAGCUCCAGCUUGGGCAAUGGUGGGAGCCCCCCCGAGGAGCCCGUUUCCCAGCUCUCCUUCUUCAAGCAGCAGGCCCAAGGGGGGGUCCCACGCCCCCAGCCUGGUGCUCCCCACUGGUGGCAUGAGGGUGGUCUGAGCCAGGGAGUGGCCCUCGAGCAGGAGCCGCGAAUGCCGCACCGCUGCUCCCAGCAUGAAGCCGGGGGGGCCUUGCUUGCCUCUCGCAGGAGAAGGUCUCUCCCCGCGCUGGGAGAGCUUUCUCCUCCGGAUGCUCCUCCUGCUCCUGCUCCUGCUCCUGCUGCUCCUUGGCCAGGCUGGGCCUUCCUGGUCCCAGAACAGGAGCCCUGCGGAACCAGCAGCUUCCCUUUCCCCAGCAGCGACUAUUGCACCUUCUUGGGACUCAGCAGCAGCAGCCACGGAGCUGCCACCACCACCUGUCCCUGAACGGGGGGGGGGGGGGGAAGCAGGGCUGCAAGCAGCUCAGCCCCCCCCACCCCCACCCCCACCCCCACCCCCAAGGGCAGCAGCACCUUCUGGCCCUCCCCCCGCCCAUCCACAUGCCUCAGGGUGACCCCAGCCCAAAGAGCGCCAGGGCAGUGGUGGCAUUACGGACAGAGAGACAGAGGGGGCCGCUGGGCACUUCCUGCCUGCCUGGCUGCCUGCCCGCCCGCCCAGGGCUGUGACUGCUCUGGGGUGGCUGAGAAGGACUCUCCCCCCUGCCUUGGGAAGGGGACCCCCGAGAACCACCAAGGAAGGGGGGAGAGAGGGACUGAGCUGGGCCUGGUCCCCUGGCCGGCACGCUGCCCUGGCUGGCUUCUCUCCCCUCCAGCCAAGAAAGGAGGCGACCUGGGCUGGGAGCUCUUGUCCUCUGCUCCUCAAGAGGCCAGCCUGAGAGAACAACCCUUAUGUGACAUGUUGGCUGGUUUCUCCAUAUGGCAUACUGCUGUGCGUGCCCUUGUCGAGGCAGAGGAGCCGUGUGGAAGCCAGAAAUGAGACAAGUUGCCCAAUGAAGCCACUUCUCCACGGCAGACCCUGGAGACUCUGCUCCCUGCCGUUCCAGCCUUGCCCCUCUCCCCACCCUCCUGCUUCCCAGGACCUUUCCUCCACCCCCACCCCGGCACUCAGUCCUGGCUGCCCUUGCCCCCCCCCGCCCCAUCAUCCCUCUGGCUCCCUGGAGAGCCCUUCUCCUCCAGCCUUUGGCCCGGCCCUCCCUUGUCCGGCAUGCACCCCGUCCGUCCCUGGGUCCACCACAGAGCAGCCCUUGCCGCCCUUCCUCUGGCCUCCCCCGCUUCUGCCCAUUUUCUGGGCCUCUCUGACUUGUAUUUGACCAACAAGGCUUGGUCAGCUUCCUUGCUGGACAGCAGAGUGGCCGCUGAAUCAGCCCUCAGAAAGCUGUAGGGAUCUCCUGCCUGCUCGUCAGGGGGCGGAGGCGGAGGGCAAAGUGCUUGCUCUCCUCCUUGGAAAAGGGGCUUGGUGUUUGUGUGGAUCUGCCCACCUCCCACCACACACCAGGCCGGAGGAGCGCCGUCUUGGUUCACCAGAGGAGCUGUGCACCUUCCUCCUCCAGAACUGGCAGCUGCAUGGAAAAGCUGCCGCUGCUGCUGGGGACGCACUGCAAGCUGGUCCAGGUCACGUGGUGAGGCUCACACACAGCACCACCGCAGGAUCUGGCCAGGCCCGCCUCCCUCCCAGACCUUCCUCUGCAGUU